AUGAUCGUAUUUUCCUGGAGUUUUAUCCUAGUCACUGGGGGGCCUCAAAUUCUCGAUUUUCUUAUGAGCUCUCUCACCGAAUUCGAAAUCGUCCCCGACCGGGUUCUCCACCAGCAUAUCAUCGAGGCGCUGGUGGAGCGAGGAGACGAUUCUGCUCUAUCUACCAUCCAGCAAAUGGCCGAGGAGCAACAAUGGAACACAUUCGGCCAAGAUAGAGUGGCAGAAAUCAUCCUAGAACGACGACUCGCUAUGAGAGACUCGCCGAUGAGUACUUGGAACAUGAUGCAAGCAGCCAAGAAGCAAGCUCGACUGGUGGCUAGCUCUCGGCGUAUCCUUGGUGCCGGCUUUGAUGCCGUGUCGACGCCAACGCAAACCGAGAUGGCACUGAUCAAUCACCCCGCACGAGAGACCUACGGCAACACCAUGAAGACUCUAGUGGCUAAGACUCCGAUCAAUCUUUUCAUUCCUCUCAACAAGCGCUUGGAACACUUCAUUCACUCAGGACAUUUCUCCGAAGCCACACAUUGUUUCUGGCAAGCUGUUGACAAGGGCUACGCUAUCAAGCCUAUCCAGAUGCAGCUUGCUGUCAUCGCCACCCUCCUCGAUAAGGGCAACGAGGGUCUUGCGGAGGCCCGCCAUAUCAUUAAGUCUCAAUGGCCAACAUGGGUCAACCUGCCCUCGCCUCGCAAAACACCGCGCUUCCCGAUCGUCAUGCCGCUCAUGUUCCAGCGGCUGAUGCAGGUGGAAGACGCCUACAUGAGCGACAGCGAUCUGAUCAAGAUGGCUUUAUUCGACUUCUACGAAAUCUGCGCCCACACAGACGGCCUCACGGUGAAACAUCACGCCGCGAUGACUGCUGCUCGCCGCUUGAUUGAAUCCGGCCGCAGCCAGCCCGCAGUCUUGGUCCUCACUGCUAUAUACCUCUCCAAGUGGCGCAAGAUGUAUGGCUUCGGCCAGGUGCCGCUCAAGAUGCUCAUGCGAGCUUUUGCACUGAGCAGGAAUGCUCGCGGUGUGUGGUGGUGCAUGGUCGCCGUCCUGUGUCGCCGGGAGCGACCAAACCGCUAUUUCCUCGCCGAGGUGAAGAAUCUCAUGUCAUAUAUGGAGGAAUUUUUCGAUUCUUCCGCUCUGAACGCCAUCGACCAUGUCCACGAUGCUCUGCAGCAAAAACGCGACGGUGCCCAGCAAUGGUCGAAUACGCAUCGGUCUCACCGGGAGAGGCUUGCCACUCGGAGCGAGUUAACCUCCCCUUCGGCCGGGACGGUUGAAAUGGACUGGCCGCUUGAUCACGUAGUGAAGCAGUUUGAUGAGGAAUUAGAGUUCGAUCGCCUUAUUGGCAGGGCUCAAUUUAGUCCGGAGGAUUUGGUGUACUGGUGGCGAGAGGAUCGGGCUGCUUUCUUGACUCGGAGGCAGCCUGAGCAUCCGCUCUAUCCGUCGAAGGAUCCUUCCAGGCCGCGUGUGUAA